GCACGUGGAACCCAAAGAGUUCCCAGUCUUUACAGCUUACAUUUUUAUAACAGCAGAACAAAGGGAGGAGAGGAUACCGGUAAGGGGGAACAGUGCAGCAAAGGUGGGAAAAAAACAAGACCACUCCCCGUGGGGAGGAGCAAGGUGAUGGCAAAUGCCUCAUUAUUUUCCCUUGGGAACUGUUAGGCUAUGAAGAUAGGAGGGUCUGCUUAUCUGCAAAAGUCUCCAGUUGCACAAGCAUUAUCUCAGGCUGGAAAGUCUGACUUGCCUCUCAAGGACGCACAGGAAGUCCAGUUUGGGGCUCAACAACAAAUUGUGUCAGCUCGAGGGGAGCUUCGUCCUUGACACAUUCAGGGCCUCCCGCAUGCUCUGGGUCCAGUGUUUCUGAAAAAUAGGGCAACUCAAAAAGACAAGUUCAGGGGACCCCUUAACAAACUGGACUAAAAAGGAUGAGAAACUUGGCCAAGAGGAAGCUAUUAGAGACUUUCGUGAGUGUGGUUUCUGCGGAAAACUGAAGUGGCUAGUGAGAAAGCCCGGACAGAGCAAAUGGAAAUCCCCCCAUUAUACCUAGCGAGAGAUCAGGGACCAGACUGGAGAAGCAGAGACGGGAGUGAAACAGAAAGGUAGAGCGAGAAGAAGGUCCUCCAGGCGGGCUAGAGGAGCCAGGUCGGGAACAGACGCUUCCGGGGCGGGGCGUUUUCUUUUCUCCAGGCCGGAAAUGUGGGUUAUAAACACUGCCAUAGUCGCCUCUCGUGUGAGUUUGGCUGUUGCUCCCUCUUGCCGUAGAGUCGCCGUUAGCAGCAGGGUUGCUAUGGCGAAGAGCAAAUUCGAGUAUGUACGAGAUUUCGAGAUGGAUGACACAUGCCUGGCCCACUGUUGGGUGGUCGUGCGGCUAGACGGAAGGAACUUCCAUCGCUUUGCCGAAAAACACAACUUUGCAAAACCCAAUGAUAGCCGAGCCCUGGAAUUGAUGACCCAAUGUGCCCAGACUGUAAUGAUACAACUAGAAGAUAUUGUCAUGGCAUAUGGACAAAGUGAUGAAUAUAGCUUUGUAUUCAAACGGAAGAGUAAUUGGUUUAGAAGAAGAGCCAGUAAAUUUAUGACCAACGUGGCCUCUCAGUUUGCCUCCAGCUAUGUCUUCUAUUGGAAGGAUUACUUUAAGGACCAGGACCUUCUAUAUCCUCCAGCCUUUGAUGGAAGAGUUGUAGUGUAUCCUAGCAACCAGACCUUAAAGGACUAUCUCAGUUGGCGACAAGCAGACUGUCACAUUAACAAUCUUUAUAACACGGUUUUCUGGAUGCUGAUACAGAGAUCUAAAUUAACACCAGCACAAGCUCAAGAAAGAUUACAGGGAACACUUGCUGCAGAUAAGAAUGAAAUUUUGUUUUCUGAAUACAACAUUAACUACAAUAAUGAACCACCAAUGUACAGGAAAGGAACUGUACUCAUAUGGAAAAAGAUUAAAGAAGUUAUAUCAAAGGAAAUCAAGCUUCCGGGAGAAACAGAAGAAAAAAAAGUUGAAGUGACACGGACAAGGACUAAACCAGUUGCUUUACACUGUGAUAUCAUUGGUGAUGCCUUCUGGAAAGAGCAUCCUGAGAUCCUUGAAGAUGACAGCUGACUUAUUUGUCUUUUCCUUUGUUGUGGUUAUCCAUGCAGGCAUCGGAUUCUUGCUGGCUAAACUACUCUGACAUUAGUUAGAGCUCUGUGAAAUACACAUUGUAUGUAAGCAGCAAGAAAGAGCAGUUUUGGGGGGAGGGAGAAAGAGGUAGCACAUCCUACUCUUCUGAAAGCAGGGCACCUUUUUUUGUACCAUAGAAACAUGGUUGCAUUGCAAAAACACAAAUAAAAUUGUGUUACUGUUUUUGCAAAGCAGUUAGCUAUAUCUUGUAUAAUUAAUCUUUUUAGACUGUGGUAUAAAUCAUUUUAAAAACUGCCACCUACUCCUAACUAGCUUAGAGUUAGGACAUAGUGACCUUGAAAUUCUCACCCUUCUUAUCGAUCUGUGUACAUUUCUCCUUAGCAGACCUGGAAAUAAACACGAACAUGUUUAUGCGUUAUA